GACUGAGAAAGAGGACUCUGAGAUACAGACAGCAGAGCGGAGAGGAGGGUCGCUCAGGAAUGAACGAGGGCAGACUCAGCAGGCAGUGAAAAGGAUUUGUAGGAGUCAACCUGGAUUAGCAGAGCAGGACUGAACUGGGGAAUAAUACAGGUAACUUUCUGUGCUUGGGCAGAAUCUGGAGGUACCGAUCAGGUCGGGAGUACAAUAGUUGACUGGCUGAGGAGGCCAUUUUAGCAGCCGUCUUCAAUUUAACCAAACUACCCCGGUCAAGGCAAGAUGGCGGACAGUGGUGGCGAGACAAACCUGCAAUCCUUGAUUAUGGACGAGGAAACUCUGAAAAGGAAGCAGAAGGAGAAGCUAAAGAAACUCCUGGCGACGGGAGGAAACCCUCGGCCUGCGCGCUCCCUCUUCUUCCUCACGCUGAAGAACCCAUUCCGAAAGGCUGCCAUCAACAUUGUGGAAUGGAAGCCUUUUGAGAUCAUCAUUCUGCUGACCAUCUUUGCCAACUGCGUGGCCCUGGCCGUGUUCCUGCCCAUGCCCGACGAGGACAGCAACAACACCAACACCAACCUGGAAAGCUUGGAGUACAUAUUCCUCAUCAUCUUCUCCAUAGAGUGCUUUCUAAAGAUAAUAUCCUAUGGAUUUCUGUUCCAUGAGGGGGCAUAUCUACGGAACUGUUGGAACAUUCUAGACUUUGUCUGUGUGUCUGUGGGGCUGUUUGCUGUCAUCGGCGACGCCAUCACCUAUAUAAGUGGCGUGGAGGCACAGCCCGGGGAGAAGGGGGGCGGCUUCGACAUGAAGGCCCUCAGGGCUUUCCGAGUGCUUCGGCCCCUGAGGCUUGUCUCUGGAGUCCCCAGCCUGCAGGUGGUGAUGAACUCCAUCCUAAAGUCCAUGCUACCUCUGUUCCACAUCUCCCUGUUAGUCUUCUUUAUGGUCACCAUCUAUGCUAUUGUGGGACUAGAGCUCUUCAAGUGCAAGAUGCACAAAACCUGCUACUACACAGGCACAAAUAUCAUUGCCACGGUGGAGAAUGAGAAGCCAUCUCCGUGUGCCCAGGCUGGUAACGGCCGUCGCUGCACCAUCAACGGGACGGAGUGCCGGGCAGGCUGGGCCGGACCCAACAACGGCAUCACCCACUUUGACAACCUGGGCUUCGCCAUGCUCACGGUCUACCAGUGCAUCACCACCCAGGGCUGGACCGACGUGCUCUACUGGGUGAAUGAUGCUAUCGGUAUAGAAUGGCCAUGGAUGUAUUUCCUGACACUCAUCUUGGUUGGCUCCUUCUUUGUGCUGAACCUGGUUCUGGGCGUGCUGAGCGGGGAGUUCACUAAGGAGCGAGAGAAGGGGAAGGCCCGCGGGGAGUACACUGAGAUGAGGGAGACCCAGCAGCUGGACGAAGACCUGAAGGGCUACAUGGAGUGGAUCACCCAGGCUGAAGUCAUGGAUGCCAACGGGGAGGGGCAGGGCCUGCUCCCUCUGGAGGAUGGAGAGUCAGUGGCAGGCAGUCUGAAGGACAUGGACACGUUGCAGAAAAUCAUGUAUUACUACAAGCUUGCACGUAAAUGGAACCUGUUCUUUCGACGGAAGUGUCUUGUCUACGUGAAGUCCCGCAUGUUCCACUGGUGGGUGAUCUUCCUGGUGUUCCUGAACACGCUGGCCAUUGCUACUGAACACCAUAAGCAGUCCCAGCAACUCACGGAUUGGCAAGACACGGCCAACAAGGUGCUGCUCUCCAUGUUUGCCAUCGAGAUGAUCAUGAAAAUGUACGCCUUCGGCCUCCAGCAGUACUUCAUGUCCCUGUUCAACCGCUUUGACUGCUUCGUGGUCUCCACCGGCAUCUUGGAACUCAUCCUGGUCCGCAUGGACAUCAUGACGGUCAUGGGGAUCUCCGUACUGCGCUGCAUUCGACUCCUGCGGCUGCUCAAAGUCACCAAGUACUGGACCUCUCUCAGUAACCUGGUGGUGUCCCUGCUGAACUCAACACGCUCCAUCGCCUGCCUGCUCCUCCUCCUCUUCCUCUUCAUCGUCAUCUUCUCUCUUCUGGGCAUGCAGGUGUUUGGGGGCAAGUUCAACUUCCCAGACCGGCCCAAACCCCGCAGCACCUUUGAUAGUUUCCCCCAGGCCCUCAUCAGUGUCUUCCAGAUCCUAACAGGGGAGGACUGGAACGCUGUGAUGUAUGACGGCAUCAUGGCUCACGGUGGCCCCACCAUGCCAGGGAUCCUCGUCAGCAUCUAUUUCAUCAUCCUCUUCGUCUGUGGCAACUACAUCCUGCUCAAUGUCUUCCUGGCCAUCGCCGUGGACAACCUGGCGGAGGCCGAGAGUCUGACCAUGGCCCAGAAGGAGAAAUCUGAGGAGAAGAAACGCAAGAAGCUGCUGAGGGCCAACAUGCCUGACAAGGCCACGGAGGAAAAAGCCCUUCUGGCCAAGAAGCUGGCAGCGGAGAGGGCUAAGAUAGAGGGCAUCCCGACCACUGCUAAGUUGAAGGUGGAUGAGUUUGAAUCCAAUGUGAACGAGAUCAAGGACCCCUUCCCACCGGCUGACUUCCCGGGCGAUGAUGAGGAGGAGGAGCCUGAAAUUCCUGACACACCGAGGCCCAGACCAAUGGCAGACCUGCAGCUGAAGGAGGAGGUGGUGCCCAUUCCUGAGGCCAGCUCCUUUUACAUCUUCAGCUCUCAGAACAAGUUCCGUAAGGUGUGCCACCGCAUCAUCAACGCCACAGCCUUCACCAACAUCAUCCUCCUCUUCAUCCUCCUCAGCAGCAUCUCCCUGGCUGCUGAGGACCCCAUCGACCCCAUGUCCUUCAGGAACCAGGUACUGGCCUCUGCAGAUGUCGUCUUCACCUCAGUGUUCACUGUGGAGGUCGUCCUCAAGAUGACAGUAUACGGGGCCAUCAUGCAUCCUGGCUCCUUCUGCCGGAACUCCUUUAAUAUCCUGGAUCUGAUAGUGGUCAGCGUAUCCCUCCUCUCCAUGCUCAUGGAGUCCAGUGCUAUUUCUGUAGUGAAGAUCCUCAGGGUUUUGAGGGUGCUGAGGCCCCUAAGGGCCAUCAACAGGGCCAAGGGCCUCAAGCAUGUGGUCCAGUGUGUCUUUGUGGCAGUCAAAACCAUCGGCAACAUCGUGCUGGUCACUAUGCUGCUGGACUUCAUGUUCGCCUGCAUUGGAGUCCAGCUCUUCAAGGGCAAAUUCUACUCCUGCACAGAUCCUGAUAAAAUGACAGAGGAAGAGUGCAAGGGUAACUACAUCAGGUAUGAGGAAGGCGCCCUACAUCCGAUGACGGUCCACCAGAGGGUGUGGACCAACGCAGAGCUCAACUUCGACAACAUCCUGGAGGGCAUGCUGGCUCUGUUCACCGUGUCCACGUUUGAGGGGUGGCCGAAGCUCCUCUACAAGGCCAUAGACUCCAACAUGGAGGACGUGGGCCCCAUCUACAACAACCGCAUCGCCAUCUCCAUCUUCUUCAUCAUCUACAUCAUCCUCAUCGCCUUCUUCAUGAUGAACAUCUUUGUCGGCUUUGUCAUUGUCACCUUCCAGGAGCAAGGAGAGCAAGAGUACAAGAACUGUGAGCUGGACAAGAACCAGCGUCAGUGUGUCCAGUACGCUCUGAAAGCCCGGCCGCUGCGCUGCUACAUUCCCAAGAACAAGUAUCAGUACAACGUGUGGUACAUCGUCACCUCCUGCUACUUUGAGUACCUCAUGUUCCUCCUCAUCAUGCUCAACACCAUGUGUCUGGGGAUGCAGCACUGUAACCAGUCAACUCAUGUGACGGACCUGUCCGACAUGCUGAACGUGAUCUUCACGGUGCUCUUCACUGUGGAGAUGGUCCUCAAACUCAUGGCCUUCAAAGCUAAGGGUUACUUUGGAGACCCAUGGAACGUCUUUGACUUUGUCAUCGUCAUCGGCAGCGUAGUUGACGUCAUCCUGAGUGAGGUUGAUGCGGCCCUCGAAUCUUCCGGAGGACUUUACUGUCUCCACGGCUGCGCUGAGGUGAACCCAAUGCAAGCCAUCGCGGACUCUGAAAACGCCCGCGUGUCCAUCACCUUCUUCCGACUUUUCCGUGUGAUGCGUCUGGUGAAACUUCUGAACCGUUCUGAGGGGAUCCGGAAUCUUUUGUGGACCUUCAUCAAGUCUUUCCAGGCUCUGCCCUACGUCGCCCUGCUCAUCCUCAUGCUGUUCUUCAUCUACGCUGUUGUCGGGAUGCAGAUAUUUGGUAAGAUAGCGUUGAUAGAUGGGACACACAUCAACAGGAACAACAACUUCCAGACCUUCCCCCACGCUGUGCUGCUGCUCUUCAGGUGUGCGACAGGUGAGGCGUGGCAGGAAGUCAUGUUAGCGUGUCUGUAUGGGAAGAGGUGUGACCCUAAAUCAGACUACCUGCCUGGAGAGGAGUACACCUGUGGAGCCAGCUUCGCCAUCAUCUACUUCAUGAGUUUCUACAUGCUCUGCGCUUUCCUGAUCAUCAACUUGUUUGUUGCGGUCAUCAUGGACAACUUUGAUUACCUGACCCGUGAUUGGUCCAUCCUCGGCCCCCAUCACCUGGAUGAGUUCAAGAAGAUCUGGGCUGAGUACGACCCAGAGGCCACGGGGCGUAUUAAGCACCUGGAUGUGGUGACUCUGCUACGUAGGAUUCAGCCUCCUCUGGGCUUUGGAAAGUUCUGCCCCCACAGAGUGGCCUGCAAGAGACUGGUGUCAAUGAACAUGCCCCUCAACAGUGAUGGAACAGUCACAUUCAAUGCUACGCUGUUUGCUCUUGUCAGGACUGCACUGAAGAUCAAGACUGAAGGAAACUUUGAGCAGGCCAAUGAGGAACUGAGGGCCAUCAUUAAAAAGAUCUGGAAAAGAACCAGUAUGAAGCUGCUGGACCAGGUUAUCCCACCAAUCGGAGAUGAUGAGGUGACAGUGGGGAAGUUCUACGCCACCUUCCUGAUCCAGGACUACUUCAGGAAGUUGAAGAAGAGACAGGAAGAGUACUAUGGCUACCGCCCCACCAAGAAAAACGCCACGAAUGAGAUACAGGCCGGCCUGAGGAGCAUCGAGGAGGAGGCCACACAGGAGCUGCAUAGAGCCAUCUCAGGAGACCUGAUGAAUGAGGAGGAUAUGGACAGAGCCAUGGAGGAUGCAGCGGAGGAGGCCAUUUUCAGGCGAGCAGGUGGUCUGUUUGGGAACCAUAUCGAUUCCUUCGCCAUGGAGGAAGGAGUCCAUAACCAUAACGCCACACAGGUGACUAGCCAGCGGCCCCUACAGAUGAGCCGGUAUGAUGAGGAGGAGAUGACCAGCUCACCUGCCUACCAUGCCAACGAGGACUUCUUCCCCACAAUGCCCAAUAAAACCAACAACAACAAUGUCAACAACAACGCUGGAGACAGUUUUCCUUAUGAGACAGAUGACAGGGUCCAGGUCUACACCAUCUCAACCAGCCGAAGUCCCAGAGACACAGCAGACUGGGACCUCCAGACAGUAGCGGGACCCAGCCAGGACAGACGGACCCCCAGCCCCCAGCAAUCACAGGGCCCAGACAGUGCCUUCAACAAACUCAUACAGGAGGUCUUGAUAAACGGGGGGCUGGAGAGCUUGGCCAGGGACCCUCGCUUUGUGUCGGUGACCAAACAGGAAAUGGCUGAAGCUUUCAACGUUGACCCAGUGGAGAUGGAGAGUUCUGCCACUGAGAUUAUGAACGGUCGCAGAGAGAGGGUGGCCACACCUCCUGUCAGGCCCCCCCGCAGAUCACAGAGAAAUGCCACCCAAUCAGCCACACCCAGUGAUCUUGUGUAGACCAAUAGGCUUGUCCUACAGCGCACCAAAGCAUGCCAGGGUGACAUCUUGUUCUGAGGCAUUAAAUGCCACUUUCUGCCAAUAGGACAGUCCUGACUGAGUGCUUUCAUAACAAGCGAUAUCAUCUGAUUGGUUAAGCAGGCAUCAUUACACCUGAAACUACACAGUGAUGUUACUCCGACUGAAUGAUUUCUCUCUUGGCUGGUUUAAAUUGAACACUCUUUCUGGGAGAGAGUACACAAUGUGUGAACAUUUCUUUACCAUGUGUAUUGGGUUCACAGUGUAGGCUACUGUUAGAGGACUUGUGUUGUGUUAAGACGCACAUCACUUUGUCUUAACUCAAGGAGGUUUUGCUGGCAUAAAAUGUUGGCCCUGUUUGAGUGUCAUUCCCUUACACCUUUAAAGUAAUCACUGAGUCAUUGAAAGUUGGGAGGUUACUUGUUGUGCCAGUGUUUAGCUCAGUAAGGAAGGGGAAGGCUGUAUUUGGUAAAUAUUCUUGCAGGGUUGGACAUUAUGUUUUGGGGGGAAUUUAUUUCUGUUAUUAAUGACGGGGCAAGACCUAGCUGGGGCCGGGAUGUUUAUGUGCUGGUUCAUGUCUACGGUAUCCAUAUUGGAACACUUUGUCUGCUGUAUGGUCAAGGUCAAAGUGUGUUGAAGAUACACAUCAGCGUGUGUUCACAAUGCUUGAAAUGUUUUUGCUUUAAUAAUCCUAUUUACCCAAUCUGGCAUCUCCAGCGUGGAACAGAUGGGCCGAUAGAACCCGUCAUUGCUGUGUACGGUAGUCAAGGGCUGGCAACGCUAGCGUGGAAAACUGAAGUGAAGAUAAGAUUAUGCGGUUAAAGAUGAGGAGUAAUAUGAAGGGCAGUGGUUGUGGUGUAUUUGUAAUUAGAAAGCAAUGUGUAUGGGUCAGAUAACGAGAGUGGUUGUGGUGUGUUAUGAACUGGGCAGUCUGGCUACCGGAUGCUGAUUGAUGAGUGUGUACAUUUUCAUACUUUUUUUGUUCUGGCCCCCAGUGAGAAUAGAACCCAGAACCUUUGGACUGUAAGCGCCAUGCUCUAACAACUAAACAAUAUGGUACCAGGGCUUGGAUGGGAUAGGUGCCAAAAAUGCUAAUAUUUUAGCAUUUAAAACUGGGAAAUAAAUGCCUAAAAUGGAUUUGCCCCCAUACCUUGUCCCAUAGUAGUCUAGACUGUUUGUUGUCAAUUUGGGACCCAGGGGUCUGCAUACAAACUGAAGGGUCUUUUGUUACCAGUUAUAACAGAUUAUGCAUUGACACAGUGGAUAUUGGUAUUCACAGAAAUAAAUUAUGUUAAAAUAAAUUUGUUGUAAUUUAAGCUUUAACACUUUUACCUUUUUCUAAUAGCAAAAUGUGAAGAAUUGUAAGAAAUUUGCAAAAUUUUCUGUCCUGCUGAAAGUUGUUCAUUUAACAUGUUCCUUCCCUAGUCUUUAUUCAACUAUGUACUGCCGAAGUUGGUUUCUGAUUAUGAGAGAGUGAAUUUGGAUAAAUGGGAAACCCAGCGCAAGAUGUUUGACAACCACUGGUCUUGACUGCUUGCGGGGUCAAGAUAAUAAUUUUGAAUUUUGUAAUUUGGGUUUACUCUUCCUUGAAUUUAUCCAUGUCCAAUAGAUGGUUUUGUUGUCUGUUAUUCAUUUUUCAAAAUUAUUUAUUUUCCUUUUGAGGUAAGCCUACUUCAUUGAAAUCUACAGCCUUGUGAAAAUAUAUUUUUAGGAUAAAUUACAAAGAAUAUUUGUUACUGUUUCAGUCUAAAAGUUGUCAAGAUGUAAUCUGAGAGGAAAUUAUAUCUAUUAAAUUGUCUUUUUAAUGAUUCAUUUGUAAUUUGAUUAAAUGAGAACAAAAUAAAAUAGCUGUUAUUAAGGCUGAAUAAAAACAUUUGUAUCUCAAAUAGUUAUAAAUGAAACAAUCUGAACCUUUUAAAACAGAAGUGUUAUUAUUCAUCAAUAAUCAUGUUUUAUUAUUAUGUGAAGGAAUGGUGGUGUACCCAACAACAGAAUGGUGUGGUCAUUAAAAAUAUUAUUGCAAGAAAACCA